UAAACAGAGCUCCUUUCAUCGCCCAAUAGUUCCCCCACAGCGAACAGCGAACCUCAGGGCCCCACUUUUACUGCUUGUGGACUGCUAUCUACAGAGAGCGCGGCGACCAGACGCUUCUCCAGUCCCGCCCCCGCUUGCUUCACCGUUGGAUUCUCGCAGGAAGGAGAAAGCCUUUUCACCAGGCUAUCGGGUCCCGGCUUUUCCCCUUCGCCCGGCAUGGCGCAUGCCCUGGGAACGCGCUGCCUUUUCUUCCCGAGUUUGUGCGUGUACGUCCAGCUGUACUUCGGGAACCAUCGGGAGAAAGGCCAGAUCCCGCCUCCAAGCAGGUCCCGCCCCACUUCGGGAUCAGGCGGAGGAGGUGGCUGGUGCCGCCGCCGCCACCGAGCCCUUCGAUCCGUCGCCGGCUUGGCGGGCGACUCGCCAGGUUCUACGCGGCUUGCCCGGAGAGCCGCUCGCUUUCCCUCGCCAUGCCCGUGGGAGCCUCUCCUUCGGUCAGGUCUCGAUACAACCUAGUGGAUGACAGACACGACCUACGAAUCCCGCUGCAUAACGACGACGCCUUCCAGCAUGGCAUCGGCUUCGAGGCCAAGUAUAUUGGCAGCUUAGAUGUACCUCGGCCGAACAGCAGGGUAGAGAUUGUGACUGCUAUGAGACGCAUCCGGUAUGAAUUCAAAGCCAAAAGUAUAAAGAAGAAGAAAGUGAAUCUGCUGGUAUCUGUAGAUGGUGUGAAAGUGGUACUGAAGAAGAAGAAGAAGAAGAAAGAAUGGGACCGGGAUGACAGCAAGCUACUGGUGAUGCAUGACCCAAUCUACAGGAUAUUUUAUGUGUCCCACGAUUCCCAGGACCUGAAGAUCUUCAGUUAUAUUGCAAGGGAUGGCUCCAGUAACACCUUCCGCUGUAAUGUUUUCAAGUCCAAGAAAAAGAGUCAAGCCAUGCGCAUUGUGCGAACAGUGGGGCAAGCAUUUGAAGUCUGCCAUAAAUUGAGCCUUCAGCAUACACAGCAGAAUGCUGAUGGCCAAGAGGACAGUCAUAGUGAAAAGGGCAGCGAGGAUUUGGAAGCAUCAGCCUGUGGUUUGACUGAACCUGAACUUGUCAACACUACUGAGGAAACAGACAUUGAUGCUGUGGACAUCAGACGACCAGGGAGUGAUCACUUGAAGUUUACCAGGGGGGUGACAGACCUUGACGCUGUUGGUAAAGAGACGUCUGGUCUUCUUUGCAUCAAGGUACCUCUUCUUUCUUCCAGUAUUGUACAGAAGGACUUGGUUCACAAAGAGAAUAUCCUCAUGGCUUCUCCUGAGAUACUUCUCCCUUCUUCUACCCAGUUGGCUGAGCCAGAGGUUCCUCUCUCUGCUCAUCACCAAAUGCAAUUUCUGCAACAGCUUUUGCAGCAGCAACAGCAACAGACUCAGUUCGCUGUGGCUCAGGUACAUCUGUUGAAAGACCAAUUAGCUACAGAGGCAGCUGCCCGCCUUGAGGCCCAGGCUCGAGUACAUCAGCUCUUGCUUCAGAAUAAGGACCUUCUCCAGCAUAUAUCACUUCUAGUAAAGCAAGUGCAGGAGCUGGAGGCAAAACUGCUGGGAUUCAACACCAUGGACUCUCAAGAUAGCUUGUUGGAAAUCACCUACCCAUCAGGUGCCCUGCCUGUUCUGUGUGAUCCCACUACCCCUAUGCCUGAGGACAGUCACCACCUUCAGCCUGACAACAGCCUCUCCAAUGUUUCCAGUUCUCUGGGCAGCCCUUUAGGUAGGAGUGACUGUUUGGUGAAGCUGGAAUGCUUCCAUUUCCUUCCUAAUACGGACCCUCCUUUGGGCAGCCUGGAACUCAUCAAAUUUCAUGAGUCUGGUAUUGCCUCUGAGUAUGAAUCCAACAUGGAUGAGAGCGAGGAGUGGGACUCAUGGGCCCAAGAGGAGCCACGUCGCCUGCUCAAUGUCCUGGAAAAACAGGGGCUGGGAGAUAGCCUGGAAGAUGAGGUUGCUCUUUGAAAGGAAAAGGAAGUGUCUUAGGUCUAAUGAUAUCUGAAAUGAUGUUUACAUUUCCUUUUAAAAGGUCUCAGCAAGUAUGUCUGUUUCUGUUCUCUCUUCUGAGUACGGAUUCUUCCUGUGACAGAGUGAAUUUUUGGAGGAAUUGUAGUUCCUGGUCCAUACUGUUAGGCCACUUGAAAACUGCUCUUUUUCUACUGACAGAACAAGUAUUACCUCAGAUGUCCUAUAUCUCUGAUCUUCCAUCACUUUAGAGCUUUGGAAUCUCAAAAAUUUAGCUUUCUUUUAGAAAAGCAAUUUUGAGAGUGAAAGGAUAGUAUUGAAAGUGCAUGGAUAAAAACCCAAAACCAGCAAUGGAAGUGAAGAAGUUACUAGAGGCCUGGAGGCAUGUCUUCAGUGUACAAUAUUUCCCUUUGCCUCUCCCUAUAAAUGUGGGAAAUAGAAUAAAUUAUACAAGUCAAGUAAUGUAUUUCAUUUGCCUGGUUUCAAAAUGCCAUUAGGAAAGAGAACAUGUUGCAUACAAUGCGUUUGACUUUGGUACGUAAUUGCCUUGUUCGUAUUGUGCUGCCUUCUGUUGGUAGAAUAUGUAGAGUCCUGUUCUUAGCCAAAACUUUUCAACAUUCUGCCUUUCCUGUUUUAACCUCCCUAUUUAAUCUUCAGAUAGGACCAGUAACCGCCUUAUGUCUAUAAAAUUUGAAGAAAAUGGUUCAGUUUUGAUCAAAUUACAUGUGGAUAAAUUGUUUAACCUGACAUCCAUGCCCUUUUGGAAUUUGAACCUGGUCAUUCAUGAAUACGUUUUAGAAAAGGCUCCCCCAAUUCCAAAAUAAUAGCUUUAGUAUUUUAUCUUUGGAGUAGAAAGUCCUUGUCAAAUCAGUUUCUCCAUCGUCCAUCCGAAACAAAUGCAGAUUAUGUGGCUAGCCUGACACCUUAGUAAAGCAUCUCAUGGGAGUGGUUUAUUUGUUUCCAGUUUAACAUGUGUAAACUUAUCUACUGUGUUUCAUUUGGUUGAUGAAACCUCAAUCAAUCACCUAUGUCUUCUCCACAUGAUAGAUUCUGUCCCAUAUAACUGGGUGCUGAUUACCUAGUAAAGAUUCUGCUCUCAUAAUUGUGUGACAGAUAUGUUAUUUGCAUAUAGCCCAAAUACACAAGUGGCCUUUGUGCCUGCAUGUGGAAUAGGGUUAAAUUGGCAUGUGAAUUUCCUUUCUAGCUUGUAUUUUAAUUCAAAUGAUAAAUAAUGUUGUUUAGUGCUUGCUUUAUGUUAUGGCAGUGUGAUAAAUUUAUCUGGAUCUGUCCUUUGAAAUGUACCAAAAUUAACUUCUUAAUCAUUAGCAGUUAAAAUAUUUUCUGCUUGAUAUUGUGAUUGCUGCUUGGGAAUUAAGACCGUAGAGCUUGAAGAAGCUUCUUGGAUGAGAAGCAAAACAUCUUCAAAGAAAAAACAAAGUCCAGUUGCCUACUGAAAAAGCACUUUUGGGAUACUGUAGAGCUUGCUUUUGUUUAGAGAUACUUUCUGCAAAAUGGAUCACUAGAUUUUUAGUUUUGAUUGUAGUAACUUUAAGGAAUACAGUAGUUAGGUAAAGCUGCAGAAGAGUUGGGCGAUACCAGAUGACAGGAAAAGAGCUGAUGUGGUUCCAAUCUACAAAAAGAGGAAAAAAAGUGGAUCCAAUAAAUUACAGACUAAUGAGCCUUACAUAAUUAGCUGGGAAAAUUCUGGAAAAGAUAAUCAAGCACUGCAUUUGUAAGCAUCUAGAAACAAACAAAGUUAUUACUAGAAGUCAACAUAGGUUUGUCACAAACAGAUAGUUUACUUGGAAUUCAGUAAGGCAUUUGAUAAAGUUAGACCACAGCCUACUUCUUAGUAAGCUAGAACAAUCUGGGAUAGACUGCAUCACCACCAGCUGGAUACAUAUCUGCAUUCAAUGUCUAGUCCUCAUUGGAACUACAUCUAAAUGGAGGGAAGCAUGCAGUGGGGAACCUCAAGAUUCUGUCCUAGGCCCAGUGUUCUUCAACAACUUCAUAAAUGAUUUAGAAGGAGAACUCAUAGAAUUUGCAAAUGACAUGAAGCUGUGGGAAAUAGCUAACACUUUAAGAAGAUAGACUCAAAAUUCAGAAGGAUCUUGACAUAUUUGAAAGCUACGUCCUACCCAACAAAAUGCAAUUCAGUGGUGAGAAAAAUAAGACCCUACACACAGGUAAGAAAAAUCAAGUGCACAAGUAUAAAAUAGAUUGUACCUGGCUCAACAGUAGUAACUGUAAGAAUGAUCUAGGUGUCCUAGUAGACCACCACUUAGAUAUGAGCCAAUGGUAUGCUACAACUGCUAAAAAAAAAGCUAAUGCAAUCCUAUGUUCCAUCAACAGAGAGUUAGUUUCAAGAUCAUAUAAACUGUUAGUACCACUUGUUAGUUACUGGUAAGACCACACUUGGAAUACUGCCUCUAGUUCUGUUCAGCGUAAUGCAAAAAUGAUGUUGAGACCCUAAAAAGAGUGCAGAGAAGAGCAACAAAGAUGUUUAAGGAUUUGGAGGCUAAAACAUUUGAAAAUUAGGAAUAGAAUAGAAUAGAAUAGAAUAGAAUAGAAUAGAAUAGAAUAGAAUAGAAUAGAAUAGAAUAGUUGGAAGGGACCUUGGAGAUCUUCAAGUCCAACUCCCUGCUUAGAACAGGAAACCCUAUACC